UUCAGAGAGUUUCCUUCCAGCUGAACACGCAGAGGCUCCUGGAGGGUGGUGCAUCUAGGGGGUGCAUGCAAGGCUCCCCAGUCCUUCCCCCAUACCUUGCUCUAUGCACCUCUUCAUUUGUGUCUUUUGCAAUAUCCUUUAUUGUAAGCCACUAAACCAGUCAUUGGACUUCAGCAUGACUACUUCUCCGUGGCUGGCGCAUGCAGCAGUUCUGCUUUUCUACCUCUCAAGAGCCAGCUGCCUGGAUACUUUUGUUGCAGCUGUUUAUGAGCAUGCAGUGAUAUUGCCCAGUAUCACCCUAACACCAGUGUCUCAUGAGGACGCGCUGGCAUUAAUGAAUCGGAAUCUGGACCUUCUGGAAGGAGCGAUCACAUCAGCAGCAGAGCAGGGUGCACGUAUUAUUGUGACUCCAGAAGAUGCUCUUUAUGGCUGGAACUUCAACAGGGAAUCUAUCUACCCAUACUUGGAGGACAUCCCACACCCUCAAGUAAACUGGAUCCCCUGUGAUAAUCCUAACAGAUUUGGCCACACCCCAGUGCAAGAAAGACUCAGCUGCUUGGCCAAGGACAACUCUAUCUAUGUCGUGGCUAAUAUGGGGGACAAGAAGCCAUGCAAUGCCAGUGACCCUCAGUGUCCCCAUGAUGGCCGUUACCAAUACAACACUGAUGUGGCAUUUGAUUCUCAGGGAAAACUGGUGGCACGCUACCAUAAGCAAAACCUUUUCAUGGGUGAAGAGCAAUUUGAUGCACCCAAGGAGCCUGAGGUUGUGACUUUCAAUACUACCUUUGGAAGUUUUGGCAUUUUCACAUGCUUUGAUAUACUCUUCCACGAUCCUGCUGUUACCUUGGUGAAAGAUUUCCAUGUAGACACCAUACUCUUCCCAACAGCUUGGAUGAAUGUUCUGCCACACUUGUCAGCUGUUGAAUUCCACUCAGCUUGGGCUAUGGGCAUGAGGGUCAAUUUCCUUGCAUCCAACAUACAUUACCCCUCAAAGAAAAUGACAGGAAGUGGCAUAUAUGCACCCAAUUCUCCAAGAGCAUUUCAUUAUGAUAUGAAGACACAACAGGGAAAACUCCUCCUCUCGCAACUGGAUUCCCACCCAUCCCAUUCUGUUGUGGUGAAUUGGACAUCUUAUGCCAGCAGUAUAGAAUCGCUCUCAACAGGAAACCAGGAAUUUAAGGGCAUUGCCUUUUUUGAUGAAUUCACCUUCGUGGAGCUCACAGGAGUCGCAGGAAAUUACACAGUUUGUCAGAAAGAUCUCUUCUGUCAUCUAAGCUACAAGAUGUCUGAGAAGAGAUCAGAUGAAGUGUAUGCCCUAGGGGCAUUUGAUGGACUGCACACGGUGGAAGGGCGCUAUUAUCUACAGAUUUGUACUCUGCUGAAGUGCAAAAUGACUGGUUUAAACACUUGUGGUGACUCAGUGGAAACAGCUUCUACCAGGUUUGAAAUGUUCUCCCUCAGUGGCACUUUCAGAACCCAGUAUGUCUUUCCUGAGGUAUUGCUGAGUGAAACGAAGCUUGCACCUGGAGAAUUUCAGUGAGCACAAGUGUUGCAAGAAUCUACUUCAUGCCCUGUGACACUAAUUGUCUUUGCAUGAGCAGUUCCUCUCUUCAGUAAACUGGGGUUCGCAACACAUAAGGAGAAGACUGGCAACUUUGAAGUUCCUAGAACACUCAGUCCUUGGAGAGGGUUCCAAUUGCCCGAGUCUGCUGGUAUAGUGAAGGAUGCUCUCACCUGCCUUAAACGCCUGGUCUUGCAAAAUAUUCAACAUUGCAAAAAGGAAAGAAAAAUAUUAAACAACUGUAAAGUACAAAAAUGUUCUUGCAGUAUUCCAUGAUCCCCUCACCCUAACAUUCUCGGGACAGAGCAUGCUUCACUCUUCACACCCUCCAAAGGAUGGCUGCUCUUUUCCCAUACUGGACGGUCCCUCAGCACCCUGCUCAGUGCAUUCUACCACACGUGUCGUGGCCCCAACAAGAGUUAUUGUGGUUGUUUUAAAUAGAUUUCAAGUGUGUUUUAGUGUUGCUGAGGUAUAAUAACAAUACAUAUUUUUCAAAUACCUACUAAAAUCGGGAACUUUCUCACACAAAACAAUCCUAUUAAGCAAGCACUAUUUCAUUUUAAAAGGAUAACGACUGAUACAUAUAUACCAUAGAAUACUAUGCAGCCAUUAAAAGAGCAAAAUCAUAUCUUGUGCAGUAACAUGGAAGGAGCUGGAGGCCAUUAUCCUAAGUGAAUAGGAACUGAAAACCAAACACCACGUUCUCACUUAUAAGUAGGAUCCAAACAUCAAUUAUGCAUGAACAUAAAGAUGAGAACCGUAGACACUAGGGACUGCUGGAGGGGAGAGGAGGGAGGGGGCAAAGGUUGUAAAACUAACUAUUGGGUGCUAUGCUCACUAUCUCGGUGAUGGGAUCAUUUGCACUGGAACCUCAGCAUCACACAAUAUGCCCCAUGUCACAACCCUGCACAUGUACCCCCUGAAUCUAAAAUAAAUGUUGAAAUUGUUUACAAAAUAAUAAAAAUUAAUAACAUUCAGACUUAGAGAGGGUAAGUGCUGAUGAUCCCCUACUUAUAACGUUUUGAUUUAAGAAUCUUCAACUUACCAUGAUGCAAAAGCCAUAUACAUUGAGUAGAAAGUGUAUUUCGAAUUUUGAAUUUAGAUCUUUUCUUGGACUUGGGAUAUGUGAUAUGAUAUUUUCCCAUGAAGCUGGGUAGUGGCAGUGAGCUGAGCCACAGCUCCCAGUCAGCCACGUGAUCACAACAGCAAACCACUGAUACUAGACUCCACAGUGCAUUCAAUACAUGACAUGAGAUAUUCAACACUUUUUUAUGGGCUUUGUGUUGGAUUAUUUUUCCCAACAGUAAGGUAACGUUAAGUGUUCUGAGCACAUUUAUGGUAGGCUAGCCUAAGAUAUCUUGUUUGGUAGGUUACAUGUAUUAAAAACUUUUUUGACUUAAAGAUAUUUUCAACUUAUUAUGGGUUUAUUGGAACAUAGUCCAAUAAACUGUAAUAUAUGCACUUGUAAUAUAUUCAAGGUCAACCAAUAAGUAGUUGAGCUGGGAUAAAAGGCCUAGUUUCUUCUCCCUCAAAUGUAUAUACCCCUUAGGCUGCCACAGUGGCUCACAUCUGCAAUCACAGCACUUUGAGAGGCCCAGGCAGAUGGAUCAUUUGAGCCCAGGAGUUGUAGACCAGCCUGGGUAACACGAUGAGACCCCGUUUCUACAAAACAAAGACAAAAACAAAAGAUUAGCUGGACAUAGUGGCAUAAGCAUGGGUCUGUAAUCAUAGUCCCAGCUCCUCAGGAGGCUGAGGUGGGCAGAUCACUUGAACCUGGGAGGCUGAGCUAAGUUUGCGCCACUGCACAGAAGCCUGUAUUGCAGAGACCCUAUCUCAAAACAAACAAACAAAAAUGUAUGUCCCUGUUAACCAUGCCAUAUGUUCUCUUCAGAAUGUGUAUUAGUCAGCGUAGGCUAGAUUGUGAUGUAGUAAAAAACAACACCAAAAAUGUUAUGGCUUAAUACAACAAAAGCUUAUUUCCUGCUUAUGCAGAGUCCUCUCCAGGGCAGCUAGCCUCUAUGUCAUAGCACAGGACCACAGGCUUUUUUCAUUUUGUGUCACCUUCUUAGCAACCUGUGCUUCCAUAAUAUCUGAAGCAUGAGAAAAGAAUAUGAAAGAAUUGCACAUGUCUCUUAACUGCAUUCAUCCGGAGUAAUACAUGUCAUUUUCAGUCAUAUUUUAUCAGCAAAAGCAGGUUAUAUGGCUAUGCCAAAUUUAAAAUGAAGUAGGAAGUGUACUUCCCCUGUGUGUCUGCCAUGAGAUAUCAAGGCUGCUGUUAUCAUUCUUUUAUUCUCCAACCUAUAAUAUCAUUACACUACUUGUCUUCUGCCCUAUUACUUUGUUGUCAGUCCUAUUACCUUGUUGUCAGCCCCGCUACCUGUCAAUUGCAAGCCAAUACCACCUGUUCCUUCAAAGACAAGGCUAACAUAAGGUUUAUACAUUUCCUAUCCCUUCUAUGGAACCAAAGGCAAUUUUACCUUUAACUUCUUGCCCAGAGAAUGGAAAGGCAUUAUUAAUAUUUUGUAUACAGUGCAUUAUGUUUUACAAAAUAUUUUUAACAUACAUUUUCACAUAUUUCACAAGGCAGGCAUGUUUUUCUCCAUUCUGCAUUAGAGAGCAAAGUUCAAAGUUCCUAACUUAUGUGUACCAAAUCCUCAAACCAGAAUCAUUUAACUUCAUGCUUACUGCUUUCUCUACCAUUUUAGGUUGUUAGUAUUUUCUUACUAGCAACUACCUGAAUGCUAGCCUGUGCUUCUUGAGGAGCUCAAUGUCAAGCCUGUUUAAGUUUUUGAUACUGAUUUGUUCCUUAACAAUUAUUAAAGCCAAAUUCAUAUUGCAUCUUUACCUUUCUAAGAGAGAGAUGUCACAUUUCUCAAAGUCAGUCUUGCAGCUUUAAUAGCACAGACGUUGAUAUGAUGCAGUGAGGGCUAAGGUGAGAGUACACAAUUAAUAUCAAAACUUAUUUAUGUGGAACAAAGAUCAUAGUUCAUGCUAUCGUUGAUGUGGUGUGGAGAAUAAGAAUUUUCCUUGAGGCUUUGGGAGAAGACUGGCAACAUAAAGAAAGAGAAUUUUCUGGCUUGGAAAGUAAGUUUAAAGGGAUCAAUGAAAACAUGUAACAGAAAAGUGGGCUCUUUUAAUCUUGCUAUUUUGAAAUUAGUUCUGUUUGGUGGUCCAGCUACAGAAAUACAGCAAAUGUGCUUUUCAGCAUGAAAAGCUAUUUAAUCGCCCAUACUUUCUGAAAACUCUGGACUCCUGCCAAAGCAAAUAGGAUCCAGCUGUCACUAUGGUAGUAGAUUAUCUGAUAAAUAAUGCUUGGACAAUAUGCAUUCUAGAGAUGUUGACUGAAUAAAAUUUGAUUUGAGAUGUAAAAAUAUUAGAAUUAGGAAAUGCUGUUUUAAUAGAUUAUGAUGUUGAUUUAAUGAAAUUGAUUUUGAACUAGAUGACUUUUUUUCUUCCUGCUUUUAGGAAAUUUUGUUUUGCUCCAUUAAAUACAACUAUCUGAUUUAUUUGUUAUCUCAAUAUGAGUAAAAAUUAAUUGAAAAGCCUGCUGUUAUGGGUACCUUGCUAGUACUAGAAAACUAGUUGCUGUGGAGAUCAAUUAUAAGAGCAUUGUAGUAAGAAAAUAAAAUCUGAUAGCCUGACAAUACCUUCCAAAAUACACACAUAUAAUUUAAUUUUAAUGGAAAUAAAUAUGUGAAAGUUAUCUUCAGAAACUGCUGAUAAAAUGUUAUACUAAUUUUAUAGAUUAAGACAAUUACAAAUGCUAUUUUGAAGAUGUUUUGAAAUUAGUGUGGUGUUGUCUCAUUUGCCUAGCUUAAUUAAUAAUAGUCUACCCAUUCAACCCAUUCAUUCAUAGAUAGAUGAUAAGUGAAGUUCUCAUUCAUGUAGUAGUCUCAGUUUUCCCUCUCUAGGUUUUUGAAGGGUUUAUGGGAUAAAUCAGCUAAAGAGAUGUGAAACCCCUUAAUUCAAUUUAUUUAUUUAUUAUUUUUAUUUUUACUUUUUAUUGAGACAGGGUCUGGCUCUGUCACCCAGGCUGGAGUGCAGUGGUGUCUACACAGCUCACUGUAUACUCGACUUUCUGGGCUCAAGUGAUCCUCCCACCUUAGCCUCCUGACUAGCUGGGACUAUAGGCAUACACCACCACACCCAGCUAAUUUUUUUGUAUCUUUUCUAGAGAUGAGGUUUCGCCAUAUUGCCCAGGCUGGUCUCAAACUCCUGGGCUCCAGCGAUCUACUGGCCAUGGCCUCCCGAAAUGCUGGGAUUACAAGUGUGAGCCACUGCGACUAGACUAAUUUAAUUUUUAUUUGCAAAUUUUUGGUAGUGAUUAGGAGCUAGAAUUCGAGUCAAACAAAUCUGGAAUCAAAUUCCACAGGUGCUUCUUAAUAGUAACUGAUUUAAUUCUCAGUUCCUGUUUUUUUCCCCCCGUAAAGCAAUGGUUAUAAAUAACAUCUAUUAUUUAGAGGUGCUGUGAAAAUAAACGUGGGAUUUCGUGUAAUGCCCUCAGCCUAGAGACUAGUACAGGGUUAAAGCUCUUCCUCCUCCCCUUCCUUCCUUCUUUUUCUCCUCUUCCUCUUCCUCCUCCUCCUCUCCUUUUCCCCUCGUCUUCCUUCCUUCCCUCCUCCUUCUCUUCCUCUUGCUUAUUCUUCUUCUUUGUGACUUGUUGCUUUGUUGUUACUGACAAUUGCUAAGCUUAGGCUGCACCUGCACACACAGUAUGUUCAGGCUCUGCCGGCAAGAGUUCCCAAGAUGCACAGCAAGGGUCUGAGCGACACGCGGUGGGAAAUCCGCUAUUGUAAAUGUUCUAGUUUCUCCCAAGCAAAGGCAAAAGUUGUUUCGUGCUGGGUCACUCCUUUUUGGAGCCUUUUGGGAGGAGGAAGGAUUAAAAAAAAAAAAAAAAAAACUACAUCUUACAAAAAUCUGUAGAAGGCUGCCCUCUACAGGUACAUGUGGAUAAUAUAAUAUCUGGGUCAGAGAUUUAAAGUUCAAUUUGAGAAACAAAACAGUACUCAAGGUGUAGUUUCUUAGGGAUGGUUCAGAAAUGAGAAAAUACUCUUCCUGAAAUGUAUAAGUUGAGUGCCUUGUUAACAUGCUCUGCUAUUACUGGUGGCCAACGAAUGGAUAUAUAAACAAUCCUCUAAAUCUCCACUCCGUAAUAAUUCAGAGUUGGUGGUACCACGAUGAGUUUAUUUAUCAAUUUGUUUUCUGAAUGGAGUUUUGGGAGAUGAAUGAGACCUGCUAACAAUUGGUCUGUCCUCAGGGCUCUGAACUGAAUGUGAUUUUUGAAGUACCGCUUUGCUCACUGACCUCCAUAUUAUUAUAAGCUACCUCAACUAUUAUUUACUGAGCUUCUACUGAGUUCCAGGGGCUGUGAUAAACCUUUUAUAUAUAAAUAUUCCAAUAUGCUACGAUAUUUAGAUAGAAAUGCUCCUGGUAUAAUACUUUAUCUAAAAUGUAGGGAUCUCCAUGUAGUUCUCUACAAAGUGAACCAAUUCAGUAGCUGUUUGAUUCCUGACCCAUAGAUGGCUUCAUGUCUUUUGCAAGGAUAAUGGAGGCAUUAUGGUCACGUUCUGUACUUAUACACUGUCUAAUAAUCAUAAUGAUUAUUAGUGCUCAACUGCAUUGUAGCUUAAUGUUUAAAAAACGUAUCAUUUACUAUUUUUUGUAGUCAAAAAUAGAAUGUUACAAAGUUGUCUUACAUAGGGAAUCUAUUCUGGUUCUGGAUCUCAAUACCUUAAGUUCAGAAAAUAAUUUCUCUAAAUUCCAUCAGAAGUGAUCAAACUAAUAGAAACUGAGGCACCUUUAACAGCACUCACCAAAGAUGAUUUGUAAACCAGAAUGAGUCUAGUCCUUUACACAUAUGAGAGAAAUAAGGCAGCACAAGGAGAUAGAACUUUGAAGAUAGGCGUGUCCAUAAUUACUGGCUUUCCCACUUGUUAUGAGACCAAAUUCCUUAGCUUCCUUGAGUUUCAGUCUCUUUAACAAAAUGGGAUUAAUGUUUCCAGACUCUUGGUAUUAGCAUCAGGAUUAAAUUUAAAAAUGCAAUAUAGGACCUGACGUGCAAUAGGCACUCCAUAUGUGAUUGAUUGCUUACUACUAAGCCAGUUGGAUAUACCUGUUACAGAACAGCAGUACAUUCAUGAUACAGAGCUGUUUGCGAAACCUAAUAUUACUUGUAAGUUACUUGCUAAAAAUUAUUUUAAAAUCAGAGUAAAGGGAAUUUAUCUGUUUGUAGAACACUUUUUUUUUUUUAGAAAGCCAUUACAGUUCUGUUAGGAAUAGGACUGAGCAACUGACCACAUGCCGUGUCCCAUGCCAUGAAGCACUCAGUUCUGGACAAAGCCAGCUCUAUCCCAAUGUGAUUUAGGGGACUGAAGCCACAAUCUUUGUAUCAAGACCUUUCUCCUGCCAGCCCCAAAUUCCACACGUGGAGACAUUUCUUUAUGUAUUGAAGACCUUAUGAUUUGCUUGUGUGCUUUUAAUGGUGAACAUCUCUAGGCAAGGUCAUAUUCAUUUUGCUACUGAAAAGUUGAGGCCUGUGACAACUGUCUCCCUGAAAAGACAGACUGUCCAAUGAAAAGUAAGACAGUAUAUGAAGAAAGGAGAGGUGGAAAGAGUUCAGACAAAAUCUUCACUAGUUUUACUGUAAAUAAUUGAGGGAUGAACAGAAAAGAGGAAGGACUCUCAUAUCAGAGAAUUCUCCUGAAGCCCAAAAGAGUUCUGGAGCAGUUUCCAAGAAAUAACCAAUUACAUCCCUGGUAAGCUUAUAAAGAAGCUUACAUACAGUGUUUUGUGGAGAAAAAAUUGUUUUCUUUUUAUGCCAGCAGAAAAUAGCUAAGUCUAAAUGUAAGCAUCAUAUGCUAUUGGAAAGACUUUUAGAUAUCUAAAAAAUAUCCUUUAGAUAUUCUUUUCCUUAUUUUUACCCCAGUCAGCUGAUUUUGUUUUACAUUGCAAACUAUAUUUUUACUCUAGCUAUCUUUUGUAUUUUUAGUAGAAUGGAAGAAGAAUCUUACCAGGCAAAUGGCUUUGAGUUUUCAUCUUCUUUCUUUGACUGGUAGUAGGAAGUUCUCAUAGCACCUCUUCUAUAGUCUAUAUCAGGGGUCAGUAAACUAUUUGUUGUACAUAAUGUUUUACUAGCACACAACUGCACUCAUUCAUUUGCUAUUGACUAUGACUUCUUUCGUGUUACAAUGGCAAAGUUGAGUAGCUGCCACAGAUCUAUGGCCCACAAAGAUUAAGAUAUUUAUUGUCUAGAAAUUGCUGAUUCCUAGUCUGUGUAGUAAGCAAAACCUCUAUAAAUAUAAAAGUAAAUAUUUUACUCCUUGGUUGUGCAUUUCACAAUUUAUUAUCAUCUGUAAGGAUUUGAUUUUUUAAUAGUGCUGGCUGAUUACACACUUUUUGUCCCUUAUGGUGGAAAACAGUCAAUAUUUAUGCCAGCUACAUGCUGCCCUAUGCAUCUGCUUUCAGUAUCUUUUUAACAGUCAGAGCGUUUUAAAUACACCUGCAUCGAUAUCCAAUCCUCCUAAUGAAACAAACCUCUUCACUUAUAGGGCAUCAAUAAAAAGUGCAUUGAGCUCCAAAUUUAUCCCGAACUUUUCUUCUUAUAUUAAUACUUUGUUACCUAUAAACUCUGUUGUCAUAAAAUAACUGGUGCCAAGAUACCUGUUAAUAUUAGUGGGCAUGGUCCUCAGAGAAUUUCUACUUCAUACAUUGGUUUACAUUGAAGGCACUGUGGGAAGGGUGAAAUAAAGAAUACAGCUGCAAUCAAUUAUUAUAAUAAAGUACAACAAAGGAUAUGAUACCUGCAUUUUUAAAGAAAACUUCUAGAAAAAAAAUACCUCAGUCCAAAGAAGCUGCUCCAAAGAGAUGACUUCGCAUACACUUGCCUAUUAUCAGGCAAGAGGAGUUAGGGUAGGUAUCUCAGGUUCAUGGGGUAUUCGGGUCAUUUCAUAUGAUCUCUCUAAAUGCUUAAUUGUGAUAUAGUUGUAUUGAAGUGAUGUGUAGAGGCUUGAGGACUGCAGAAUGCCUAGCCUGAGGGUAAAAUUGAAGAGACUGACCACAAAUAAGUGGGGAGGAAGGUAGUCUAAAAAAGACUCCCUGCAGCAUGCUUUGCAAAAUGGGCCUUAUGAUGUGGAAUGCUGGGGAACAAGAGGGGCAAGACAAAUUCAUCGGAAUUUGACCACAGGUCAAAAUUAGAAUGUCAACUCUUUGACCUGGAAGGUAGAAACUUGGUCUUGAGUUCAAGACCUGAGCACUGCAUCUGCCAUCUAGGAAUAGAAGAUACUUCUUUCAUAAUUCCCGAAUGGAUGAAUAAGUGAAUGAAUGAAAUAAUGGAUGGAUGGAAUAGUAGAGAUAAAAGAAACAGAGAUUAUAUAUUCCAAUCUACUAACUACAGAUAAAGACUCUAAAGCCUAGAUAUAUCAUCUAAUGAGAGGUAAUAUUUUGAGCAAACACAGUGAGCAUUGAAGCAAAUAAAAAUUCCAAGGUCCAAGUAAAGUUAACACCAUCAACUAUAAGUUCCAUUCACACAAACAGCAAUUCAGCUAAUAUUGUAGCACAUCAUUAUUUAGUGUAUAAAAAUAAAUUCCUGAGAAAUAAAAAUGAUUAACUGUAUUAUAGGCCACAUGAAAAAUAAAGAUAAAGUGCUGAGGAAGUAAAGGCAUGAAAGAAAUAGAUUUUAAUUGUAAGGCAAAAGUAACAAGUGAAUUGAGGUUUGAAGUAUGAGUACAGUUGGAUACAUUGGUGUUAUGGGUUGAAUAGUCCCCCCAGAUUUCAUAUGUUGAGUUUUAACCCCUAGUACAUCAGAAUGUGAUUGUAUUAGAAGAUAGAGCCUUUAAAGGGGUGAUUAAGUUAAAAUAAGACUGCUAGGCGGUCUUAAUCACACUGGUGUCAGAAAAAGAGAAAAUUUGGAUACACAAAAAUACACCAAAAAUGUGUAAGGCCCUCUGAAAACACAGUGAGAAUGCAGCAAUCUGUUAGCCAAGGAGAGAGGCCUCAGGCGAAACCACAUCUGUUGACACCAUGAUCUUGGACUUCUAGCCUCUAGAACUAUGAGAAAAUAAAUUUCCGUUAUUUAAGUCACUCAGUCUGUGUUAUUUUAUUAUGGCAGCCCCAGAAAACUAAUGUAGUUGGGAAGCGGAGGAAGAGCAAGAAAGGGAAGGGUUUCUCUUCCUUUCAAGGCUUGUAACUUCCCAUAUUUCUUGUAACAUCAUCUCCCUAAACCCAUGCCCCAUCAAAUACAUCUUAUUUGAUCUUCACUUUUCUUUCCUUCUGGUUCAUCCUGCUGUCUGACAAACGCUUUCACAUUUACUCUAAUCAAACUUAACAAUUGCAUCUGUUGGGAAAAUAUCAUUUAAAACAAAAUCUCCUCCCAACCCAGAAAACCAUUCCACAAAGGUAGAAGGGAAAGAAAACAAUUGGAUUAUGUGAUGCACAUCGCAGGCAAUCCGCUAAGAUAUUGCAAAGACAAAAAGGCACCUCAUUCUUUUGUAUAACCAAGCAGAUACAAUCCAUUCCAGACAUGGUGGUGAUUAAUUUUUAUGUCUACUUGAUUGGGCCACAGGGUGCCCAGAUAUUUGAUUAAACAUUAUUCUGAGUAUUUCUGUAAGGGUGUUUUGGGGUAAGAUUAGCACUGAAAUUGAUAGAUUAAGUAAUGCAAAUUGUCUCCUUAAUUUGAGUGGGCCUUAUGCACUCAGAUGAAGGUCUGAAUAAAACAAAAAGGUUGACCCUCCCUCAAGUAAGAGAGAAUUCCUCCUGAUUGACUGGCUUUGAACUAGGACAUUGGCAUUUUCUUACCUUCAGACUCAAACUGAGACAUUGGCUAUUUUUGGGUCUCACGCCUGCUAGUCUUAGGACUGGAACCACAUCAUCAACUGUACUGGGUUUUCAGCUUGCCAACUGACCCUGAACAUCCUGGAACUUGUCAGCCUCCAUAAAGCAUAAACCAACUCCUUUUAAUAGAUCUCUUUCUUUUAUUUCUCACAGUUCUGGAGGGCAGGAAAGCCAAGAUCAAGGUGUUGGCAGAUUUGAUAUCUGGAGAGGGCCUGCUUUCUGGUUCAUAGAUGGCUCUUUCUCUCUGUGUCCUCCUCACACGGUAGAAGGGGAGAACUGUAUUCUCCUCUUGCCCCUUAUAAGAGAACUAAUUCCAUUCAUGAAGACUCCACCUUCAUAACUUAAUCAUCCCAAAAUGUUUUAAUUAGGUCUACCUCCUAAUACACCCCAUUAGGAAUUAGGUUUCAACAAAUGAAUUUGGGGGGGCACAAACACUUAGACCAUAGAAACAUUCUAUUUGCUCUGUUUCUCUGGAGAACCCUGAUGAAUACACACAUUUUCUUCAAACAAACUAUAACUAGUGCUUAAGUUUAAGGACUUACAACACCAUUUAUUACACAUAAUUCAUCCUAAACCCACAUCAUAGUCGGGGUGACCAUCUGUGUUAGCUAACCAGCUUUAAUCAAAGUAAAAAUCAACUACUCUUUAUAACAAGAGGGAGUUUUGCAACUUGGAGCGAGUAGUAAGCUAAGGGUAGUUUCCCACCAUCUCACAGAAUCUGGGAGAUAGGGCUGCUAUCUUCCUUAAUGUCUACACUUCCAAGAGAUGGUUUCCAGGUCCUUGAGAAAGACAUUCCUGGGUCAUAAUGCUGACAAGAGGUUAGCAGUACAAAGGUUUACCUACAUUUUAACAAGACAAAAGACCUUAAAAGCACAAAUUGUCUAAAGACUCUUUUAAAAGGGAAGAUGGGGGAAAUCUCUUUUCUUAUUUUCUACAGGGAAAAUUAAACUUCUUGUUUUUAAUUCACAUUUGCUCUACAUUUCCCUGGACUUCUGAUUCUUUCGAACUGUUACUCCAUUUCUCACCUUAUUUUCAUUGUCAUAUGUCUCAAAAAAUUUAUUUACCCUAGAUACCUUUAUUUUCUUCCCAUACAUUAUCUUCCUAAUCUGUCAAAUCUGCCUGCGCUCUGUCCCCUUCUCCAUGGUCCACAAUGCUCUGCUAACAUUGCUUCCAGACCGCUAAUGACACCUCUUUAAAUCCUUGAUCUUAUGCUUGAUCUAUAUCCUUCCUCUAACACUGCAGCAUUUUAUGCCAUAACUUUACCUGAAAACUCUUCUUCCCCUCUUGGCUUAUUAGUCUUUUUUUUUUUUUUAUCAUCCCAAUAUCUGGAAGUAUUUUACUUAUCUAUUGACAUUUCUUACAGUUCUAUCUUCCUCUCUCUUUCUUUUCCCUUCUGGGAUUGUUUUUUUUUUUUUUUUUAAUCUUCUGCCACAGACACCUUCAACUAUUACCCCUAGGUGAAUGCCUUCUGAAUCAAUACUGCAAGCUCUAAGAUUUCUCCUUUGUGCUAUAGAUGUGAAUAUUCAGCUAAUCUGCUAGAAAUUUGUCAGUCAACCAACCAGUAGUUAGGGAUCAUCGGCUGUAUGUUAGGCCCUGGGGGUAUAGCAGUGAACAAAGCAUACAAAGUCUCUGUCUUUGGGCAGGUGCAGUGGUUCAUGCCUGUAAUCCCAGUACUUUGGGAAACCCAGGCAGGCGUAUCUCUUGAUCCCAAUAGUUCAAGACCAGCCUGGAUAAUGUGGCAAAAUCCCUUUUCUACAAAAAAGAAAAUACAGAAACUAGCUGAGUGUGGUGAUGCAUGCCUUUAGUCCCAGCUACUCAGGAGGCUGAGGUGGGAGAAUUCCUUGAGCCCAGGAGGUUAAGGUUGCAGUGAGCCGUGAUUGCUCCACUCACUCCAGCUUGGGCAACAGAGGGAGAUCCUGUCUCAGAUACAAAACAACAAAAACAAAGUCUCUGCCUUCAUGGAGUUCACAAUAUCUACAGAAUGUCCUACCCAAGCAAAUCAGUAGACAGCCAGCAUGCAUGUCCAAGGACAUAGAUUAUGCUGUCACUAAGACCCAUUUGAUGAUGGAGCUGAUAAUUAGCUUGGAAUUUAUUGGAUUUAGAGAGUGGGAAUUAAGAUUUUUUUUUUUUUCGCUUAUUUUCUUUUUUUAUUAUACUUUACGUUCUGGGGUACAUGCGCAGAUCUUGCAGUAUUGUUACAUAGGUAUACACAUGCUGUAAUAACCUACCUUGUGCUGACCCAACUGACUCCAUCUUGGCUGUAAGCUCCGGCCCAGCUUCCCCCUCCCUACCAUACCCCCUGCUCGGGUACAUAACUGGGUCAGGCUGCACUUAGAAGCUUUGAAGCGUUAAAGUUGGAAGCAUACUGUUCUUAACACUUGUAACCAUUGUAACCUCAUCCUGCUUGGCUACCCCCUUGCUAUUGUGAAGAAAAUUCUUCUCCUUUGAUCAUUGUGUGGAAAGCGACUGAUCACCCCCCAUCUUGGUAAUUGUAUGGAAAACACCUGUACCCACAGCCCCUUCCUCUAACCUGCUCUUUCAGCUUCUGUAAAAUUCUGCUUCAGCUAGGUACCCCCUCCCCUACCUAAAUAAAGGUAUAAAAAGUAAUCAAUUCCCCUUCUCGGGGCUGAGAGAUUUUGAGCAUUAGCUGACUUUCGGUUGCUGGCUGAAUAAAGGACUCGUUAUUUGAA